CGUGUCUCCUCUCUUUACUACACUUUUCUCCUGUUCAGAGAAAGAAAGAACGAUGGCAAGAACCAAGCAGACCGCUCGUAAAUCCACCGGAGGCAAAGCCCCCAGGAAGCAGCUGGCCACCAAGGCUGCCCGUAAGAGCGCCCCGGCCACCGGCGGCGUGAAGAAGCCUCACCGUUACAGGCCCGGUACCGUGGCUCUGAGAGAGAUCCGUCGCUACCAGAAAUCCACCGAGCUGCUCAUCCGCAAGCUGCCCUUCCAGCGCCUGGUCAGAGAAAUCGCUCAGGAUUUCAAGACCGACCUGCGCUUCCAGAGCUCCGCUGUCAUGGCUCUGCAGGAGGCCAGCGAGGCUUACCUGGUCGGCCUCUUCGAGGACACCAACCUGUGCGCCAUCCACGCCAAGAGAGUCACCAUCAUGCCCAAAGACAUACAGCUGGCCCGCCGCAUCCGCGGAGAGCGCGCUUACCUCUCCUUCCUUCCCGAUGCCCGUUUCCAGCGCCUCUCCGUUUUCUUCACACGCCACCAGCGGGUACGGCUGCCGUGGUUAUCAGUUGUAGGAAACACAUCUGAAAUAAAAAUGCCGGAUGCACCAAAAGCGCCCAAGAAGGGCUCUAAGAAAGCCGUUUCUAAGAGCGUCAGCAAGACCGGCAAAAAGAGGAGACGCACCAGGAAGGAGAGCUAUGCUAUCUACGUGUACAAGGUCCUGAAGCAGGUCCACCCCGACACCGGGAUCUCCUCCAAGGCUAUGGGCAUCAUGAACUCCUUCGUGAGCGACAUCUUUGAGCGCAUCGCCGGAGAGGCCUCUCGUCUGGCUCACUACAACAAGCGCUCUACCAUCACCUCCAGGGAGAUCCAGACCGCUGUCCGCCUCCUGCUGCCCGGUGAGCUGGCCAAGCACGCCGUGUCUGAGGGAACAAAAGCCGUCACCAAGUACACCAGCUCCAAAGUCUCAAAAGUACGACACAGAGAUAAAGACCGACAAGCAGCACCAUGCAGCAGUGAGUUCAUCAGGAGGAUAGCGACAAAUAUGAAUCUGCAAAUCUGCAGGUUGAUGGACUUAACACUGGACAAAGUGAAAAGCAAGUCCAAGACAGUAAAAAUGAGUGGCAGAGGAAAGGGAGGAAAAGGACUCGGUAAAGGAGGCGCCAAGCGUCACCGUAAAGUUCUCCGUGAUAACAUCCAGGGAAUCACCAAGCCCGCUAUCCGCCGUCUGGCUCGCCGUGGUGGAGUCAAGCGUAUCUCCGGUCUGAUCUACGAGGAGACUCGCGGUGUGUUGAAGGUUUUCCUGGAGAACGUCAUCCGUGAUGCCGUCACCUACACCGAGCACGCCAAGAGAAAGACCGUGACCGCCAUGGAUGUGGUGUAUGCUCUGAAGAGGCAGGGUCGCACUCUGUACGGCUUCGGCGGUUAAACUCAUGAUUCUCUUCAAUAUUAAAACCAAAGGUCCUUUUAAGGGCCGCUCACU